GGCCGGUCCCACCGGCGCCUCCCCCGCCCUCCCCUCCCCCCCCCCGGCACCGCCGCGCUUCGCCCCGUUCCUCCCUUCCUCCCCCCGCCCCGGCCCCGUUUCCCCCGCAGCCGGGCGGGGGAGGAGGAUGGAAACACCCUUCUACCAUGAUGAUGUGUUGAGCGGCCUCGGCAGCGGCUUCGCUCCCUCCUCCGGUAGCAGCGGGCUCCUCCUGCCCUUCCCCGGCGGCAGCAUGAUGAAGAAAGACGCUCUCGGAAUGGCGUUACCGGAACAGGUGGCGGCGGCUUUGAAAGGACCGGGUGCGACGAGCGGUGAAGCGGCGGGGCUUCUGGGCUCUGCCGAUCUGGGGCUGCUGAAGCUGGCGUCCCCCGAGCUGGAGCGGCUGAUCAUCCAGUCCAACGGGCUGGUGACCACCACACCGACCAGCGGGCAGUUCCUCUACCCGAAAGCCGCUGCUUCCGAGGAGCAGGAGUUCGCCGAGGGUUUCGUUAAGGCGCUGGAGGACUUGCACAAGCAGAACCAGCUGGGCGGCGGCGCGGCGGGGAGCGCCGGUGGAGCCGGAGCAGGAGGAGGCGGAGGAGGCAGCAGCACCGCGGGCGAGCUGCCCGCCGCCGGCCUGGCCCCGGAGCCGCCGGUCUAUGCCAACCUCAGCAGCUACCCGGCGGUGAGCUACGCCGCCGACCCUGGCCCCUUCGCCGCGCCGCCUCCCCGGCUCCCCCCACCGCCGCCUCCCCCGCCGUUAAAGGACGAGCCUCAGAUCGUGCCGGAGGUGCCGAGUUUCGGGGAGAGCCCUCCGCUCUCCCCCAUCGACAUGGACACGCAGGAGCGUAUCAAGGCGGAACGAAAGCGGCUGAGGAACCGCAUCGCCGCCUCCAAGUGCCGCAAGAGGAAGCUGGAGCGGAUCUCCCGUCUGGAGGAGAAGGUGAAGAGCCUCAAGAGCCAGAACACGGAGCUGGCCUCCACCGCCAGCUUGCUCCGCGAGCAGGUCGCGCAGCUCAAGCAGAAGGUCCUCAGCCACGUCAACAGCGGCUGCCAGCUCCUGCCCCAGCACCAGCACCAGGUGCCGGCGUACUGACCCGCGGAGCGGCACCGAGGAGGGCGCUCCCGCCCCGGGCACGGACCGAGGGACCCGGGCACGGACUGAGAGAGCCCGGGGCCCUGAGGGUGUGAGGGGAGGGGGAGCAGAGCCGUGCUCCCGAGGGGCUGCCGCCCCGCCGGCGGACUUGAGGGGGAGCCCGGGCAUGGACCGAGGGGCUGGGGGAGGAGGGAGCGCCGUGUUGGGGGGGGGCCACGCUGCCCGCCCCCCGCCCCGCCAGCGGACUGAGGGGAAGCACCGGGCCGCCCCCGCCCUGCGCCGGGACUCGCCGGGCCGCCGCGCCCGAGACAUUCCAGUCAGGCCCCAGUAAAACCCCGCGACACGGA